AUGAAUAUCAUCGAAACACUCUUUGGCCGAACGGUCACCCCAGCAGAGCGUCUGCGCCAACAUCAACGCGCCCUCGCGAAAGCGCAGCGUGAGCUCGACCGGGAACGGACGAAGCUCGAGCAGAGCGAGAAGAAGCUCAUCAUGGAUAUCAAGAAGAGUGCGAAGGCUGGCCAAAUGAACGCAUGCAAGAUCAUGGCGAAGGACCUUGUGCGGACGAGACGAUAUGUUCAGAAGUUCUACCAAAUGCGAACUCAGCUGCAGGCGGUAGGCUUGCGCAUACAGACGCUGCGAAGUAAUCAACAAAUGGCGGACGCGAUGCGGGGUGCCACUCGGGCAAUGAAGGGGAUGAAUCGCGGAUUGAAUCUACCCCAAAUACAACGGAUCAUGAAUGAAUUCGAGCGAGAAAGCGCACAGAUGGACAUGAAGGAGGAGAUGAUGAACGAUGCCGUAGACGAUGUCAUGGACGACGACCUAGAAGACGAAGAAGAGGAAGGUGACAAGAUUCUGAAGGAAGUACUCGAUGAGAUUGGAGUCGGCCUUUCUCAACAGCUCGCCGAUGCACCAACAGGGCUCGCGAGUGCCUCACCACUCACUGAGCGCAAAGCCGUUGCCCUUGGAGAGGGACACGCCGCACCUUCUGGUGGUGGGCCCAAAUCUGGGGGCGACUCGCCUGGUGGCGGAGGUGGCGGAGGUGGCGGUGGAGGCGCAGCACUCUCCGACGAGGAUGCCCUUCAGGCACGUCUGGAUGCGCUUCGAAGAGGAUGA